AUGGAUAGUUGGUUUCAUUUGCAGCGCUUUCGGUGGACGGCCCGGCAUGGUCAAUGGUGCGACCGGCGCUUUUGCGGCCAUCGCCCGGACCUCAAGAAGAUUGGAACCUUUAUCCCACCGGCCGGCACCGGCAACAACGGCGAGGGCGUUGAGCUGUUGUUCCCCUCAGUGAUGCUUGCCGGGAUCCUCAUGGUUUUGGUGUCAGUGACGAAGCUCUCUCGCUUCAUCACGCU